CAUGUCCUCUCUGUACCCAUGGUUGGACACCCUGUCAUUGAUGCUGAAAAGUCCCGGGCAGAAUUUGAGGUACUCCAGAGACUUGUUGAAGAGCAUGAUGCCAUUUUUCUCCUAAUGGAUACGCGCGAAGCACGCUGGCUGCCAACGGUCAUGGGGAAGGCAGCUGGCAAGAUCGUUAUGAAUGCGGCCCUCGGUUUCGAUUCUUAUGUGGUUAUGCGACAUGGAAUCAAAGCGAUUGCAGAGCCACCAACAGAACUCGGGUGCUACUUUUGUAACGAUGUCGUUGCACCAAUGAACUCUGUCAAAGAUCAAACACUUGAUCAGCAAUGUACCGUUACUCGGCCUGGUGUGGCCGCCAUAGCUUCGGCUUUACUGGUAGAGUUGCUUGUUUCCCUUCUUCAACAUCCUCUGGGUGCUGCAGCACCGGCCCCGACCUCGCGCAGUGAUGAUCGAGGAGACCAUCCACUGGGACUCGUGCCACAUCAAGUCAGGGGAUUCCUUGCAACAUUCGAAAAUAUUCCAGUCACGGGCAGAAGCUACAAACACUGCAGCGCUUGUUCAGAUAACAUCACCCGCGCUUACGAAGAGGGCGGUUGGGAUUUCGUUCUAAGGGCUUUGAAUGAGCCUGGGUACGUUGAAGAACUGAGCGGUCUCAAGGAGGUGCAUGCUACAGCAGAGGCUUCACUUGCUGACGUAGAAUGGGAUGAGGACUUCGAUUCAGCAGAAGAGAUAUGA